AACACAGCCCCGUCUUGCAUAAUAAGCUAAGCUAGCUCGGCUGGAGAGCAUGUUUAACGGAAUUCGGCGCACGUGUCCAAAUUCGCUUCUCAUUAACGGUUUUUUUGUUGAGAUUCGGGACUCCUCACUGAUCGACUACGAUGGCAGACAGUGAUGAUGAGUACGACCGCCGUCGCAGGGACAAAUUUCGCCGAGAAAGGAGCGAUUAUGACCGGUCCAGAGAGAGGGAGGACCGACGGAGGGACGACUGGAGUGACCGGCGUCCGUCGGCCAGAGAGUGGGACAGGGGCCGAGAGAGGCGCAGCCGAGGAGAGUAUCGAGACUACGAGAGGGGAAGAAGAGAGAGAUUCUCUCCACCGAGACACGACAUGAGCCCUCAGCAGAAACGCAUGAGGAGAGACUGGGAUGACCAUGGCGGCGACCCGUACCACGGUGGUUACGAUCUGGGCUACGGUGGUGGAGGUGGACCCAGUUACGCCCCUCCUCAGCCCUGGGGUCACCCAGACAUGCAUCUGAUGCAGCCUCAUCACGGCAUCCCCAUUCAGGCCAGGUUGGGUAAUAUCCAUGACCCGGACCUGGGUCCGCCCCCGCCGGUGAUGAAGACCUUUAAAGAGUUCCUGCUCUCUCUGGACGACUCUGUGGACGAGACAGAGUCCGUUAAACGCUACAACGAGUAUAAGGUGGAGUUCAGGCGGCAGCAGAUGCAGGACUUCUUCCUGGCUCACAAAGACGAAGAGUGGUUCCGCUCUAAGUACCACCCUGAUGAAGCAGGUAAGCGUAAGGCAGAGGCUCAUGCUGCACUGCAGAACCGGCUGAACGUCUUCACGUAUCUGAUGGAGAACAGCUGGUUUGACGGUGUUUCCAUGGAUAUCGACCGCGCGCCUCAGAUCCUGAAGAUCCUGGAUGCAGCGGUGAUAAAGAUGGAGGGAGGGACUGAGAAUGAUUUGCGGAUUCUGGAACAGCCAGCGGAGGAAGAGGAGGAGAAAGAGAGACUGUCCUCCAGCGGGACGCCGUCCGAGCCCGCAAAACGAGACGAGAACAGACCCGCCGAGGCAGACCGCAAGCCCUCUGCUGAGAAGGACGAAAAAGAGGGUGAGAGUGCAGAAGGUGGAGAAAAGGAGGAAGGAGAAGGAGGAGGAGCAGCAGCAGCAGCACCAGCAGAAACAGAAGGAGGAGAUAAUAAUAAAGAGGAGGACAAACCUGAAAAGGAGCCACCAGCUGAGGAGCCACCAGAGCCGAAGAAGCUGAGUAAGAAGAGGAAGAGGAAGCACAGUGGGGACAGCGAGGACGAGGCGAGCGCGUCGGAGAGUGAGUCGGACUCUGAUUCGGACUCUAACUCCCACACCUCGGAGAAACCUGCGGCGCGAGAGAGGGAGGGAGAGCCGGAAGAGGGCGAGGAGAAGGAGGAAGACGAGGAAGAUGGAGAAGGUGAGGUGAAGGAGCGACAGGAGGACAAAGAAAGAGACCUGGAAAAGGAAGAGAAGAAAGCGAAAGACGAUCAGUCUCCCAGACCGCGCCCCCUCCACAAGACCAGCUCUCUGUUCAUGAGGAGCAUCGCUCCAACUAUCUCUAAAGCAGAGAUUGUCGCUCUCUGUCGCCGUUAUCCUGGAUUCAUGCGGGUGUGUUUGUCCGACCCACAACCAGAGCGGAGGUUUUUCAGGCGCUGCUGGGUGACUUUUGACCGAGCAGUCAACAUUAAAGAGAUCUGCUGGAACCUGCAGAACAUCAGACUCCGUGACUGUGAGCUGGCUCCGGGUGUGAACCGGGAUUUGGCUCGCCGCGUUCGCAACAUUAACGGAAUCACGCAGCACAAGCAGAUUCUACGGAACGACAUCAAACUGGCCGCCAAACUGAUCCACUCUCUGGACGAGCGAGAGAGUCUGUGGAGCCCCCAGCCGAGCGAGGAGACCCAGCCUGUAGAGCUCCCAGCUCAGAACCCUAUUCUGAAGAACAUCACUGAUUACCUCAUUGAGGAAGUGAGCGCAGAAGAGGAGGAGCUUCUCGGUAGUGCGGGCGGAGCCGACUCUGAGGAAGGGGCUAAAGAGGGAAACCCUACUGAGAUCACUGUGGAGAGGGAUGACAAACUGGUCAAGGUGUUGGAUCGUUUGCUGUUCUACCUGCGUAUCGUGCACUCUAUCGAUUACUACAACACCUGCGAGUACCCGAGUGAAGACGAGAUGCCAAACCGCUGCGGGAUCAUCCACGUCCGCGGACCGAUCCCACCGAACCGGAUCACACACAGAGAGGUGGCGGACUGGGAGAAGACGUUUGAGGAGAAGCUGGUGCCCCUGUUCAGCGUGAAGGAGUCUCUGUCGGAGGAGGAAGCGGUGAAGAUGGGCAGGAAGGAUCCGGAGCAGGAGGUGGAGAAGUUCGUGUCUGCGAACACGCAGGAGCUGGGAAAAGACAAGUGGCUGUGUCCACUCAGCGGGAAGAAGUUUAAGGGUCCAGAGUUUGUGAGGAAGCACAUUCUGAACAAGCAUGGAGAUAAGAUCGAGGAGGUGAAGAAGGAAGUGGAGUUCUUUAAUAAUUUCCUGAUGGAUGCUAAAAGACCCUCCCUUCCUGAGAUGAAGCCGCCGCCCCCUCCCGGCCCAGGACAAGGGUUACUGUCUCCUGGUGGUCCCCCGUUCCCCCCUCAGGGUCCUCAGGGUCUGCUGGGCUUUGGUCAGCCCAGACCACCACUUUUGGGUUAUGGAGGUGGUCCUCCUUAUCCUCCUAACCAGUAUGGAGGAGGCAGAGGCAACUAUGACAACUUCCGUGGACAAGGGGGCUACCCUGGAAAACCCAGAAACAACCGGAUGAUACGUGGGGACCCUCGCAACAUCAUCGAGUACCGGGAUCUAGACGCCCCCGACGAUGUGGAUUUCUUUUAGAAGACCCCUUUUACCGUCUCGUUUUAUUGCCUCGCUCUCAUUUUAACCAUAAUUUUGUUAUUUCUUUAAUGAUUCAUUCCUAGAUUUUGUUUGUGUAAACAUUCUCACUCUCCCACCCCCCUCGCUGCCCCCCUCGCUGUUCAUCUGGAUCAUUUGUCAUCAGCUGAGCAGCUCUGUUUUUUACGUUUUCCCCCAGAGGAGGAGUUGCACAGUAUUACAGAGCAGAACUUUACCUUUAGCUCUUAUUUUGUUCUCCAAUAAACCAUGAUGUCAAACACCUCA